CUAAAACAUAAAGUUUAACAUAAAACGUUUAAGUCAUGCAUUUAUCGAUGACACCUUAUCUGCUAAAUAAUCUCUGCCAUCUCUAAAUGUCAAAAUAAAAGAAAAAUGUCUUAUUUUUGAACCGGGAGACGAAGUGGGCAAUUUGAUCACAUAAAACGUCGAACUUUAUAAUCAUUUCAUAAGUUAAAAAAAUUUAUAUAUAAUUACAAAUAAAAUGUCUUUUAUUGGUCGCGUAUUAUUUAGAAAUGCUACGCAAUUUUGCAAGCAAGCAACAAAACAAACACAAUUUGCAACACGAUUUUUUCAUCAAACUGCACCGGUGCUCGCACCACAAGUGCAACGACUUGCGCCGGACUUUAAGGGUCUCGCUGUAGUAGGCCAAGACUUUCAAGAAGUGAAACUUGCUGAUUAUGCGGGCAAAUAUUUAGUACUUUUCUUCUAUCCACUUGAUUUCACAUUCGUUUGCCCUACGGAAAUAAUUGCAUUUAGCGAUCGCAUUGGAGAAUUCAAAAAUCUCAACGCUGAAGUGGUUGGCGUAUCGGUAGAUUCACAUUUCAGCCAUUUAGCUUGGUGUAAUACCGAACGUAAAAGUGGUGGCUUAGGUCAGCUAAGCUAUCCACUGCUCUCUGACUUAACUAAAAAAAUUUCACAAGAUUAUGGUGUAUUAUUGCCAAAUGACGGCAUUUCAUUACGCGGUACAUUUUUAAUAGAUCCAAAUGGUGUAUUGCGUCAAUAUUCUAUCAAUGAUUUACCUGUUGGUCGUUCCGUUGACGAAGUCUUACGCCUAAUCAAAGCUUUCCAAUUUGUAGAUAAACACGGUGAGGUAUGUCCAGCUAAUUGGAAUCCGGAAUCAAAUUCAGAUACGAUUAAACCUGAUGUUACUGGCUCUAAGGAAUACUUUAGUAAACAUGGUUAAAUAUAAUUCGUCGAAGUUACUAUGAAUAUGAAAGUUUCAUCCAAGAAAUUAUAAUUUUUUAUUAAGCCUUUUUGUUUACAAAUAUUUUCGUGGUGAAUAUUGAUUAAAUCAAAAUAAA